AUGGCGCCGACAGUGCCAUCUCGUCGACCACCCGGUAGACUUGCCAGUUUGAAAGGCGGACCGCCAAAGAGACGUGGGCCGCCGAAGAAGCCCGCUGCAGCAGCCAAGAAUGAAUGUCCAAAUUGUAAAAGCACCGAGCUCGAAGAGACCGACGGCCUGAUUGUGUGCAAGCAAUGUUAUCAACAGGUGGGCGAAUCCAACAUCGUUGCAGAAGUCACCUUCGAGGAAAAUGCUGGCGGGCGCGCAACUGUUCAGGGUGGCACCGUCAACGACAACUCUCGCCACGCAAGGACUCUGAACUCGGCUACCUUUCGCAAGAUUGGUGGUGGCGAGCGUAAUAGUAUGGCAGAUGCUCAACAGGCAGGAAAGAAGGCCUUGGAAGCGAUUUGUCCCAAGCUGGGUGUGGAGUCCAACGUGAAGACUCAAGCCGAGUCUAUUUGGAUCAUGGCCGCGGGCAUCAACUUCUCCGCUGGUCGCAGGACAGAUGAAGUCGUUGCAGCAUGUCUAUACGCCGCUUGCCGCCGACAGAAAGAGAACAAUGUUCUACUGAUGGACAUUGCCGAGUACCUGAAGAUCAACGUCUUCAGGCUGGGUGAAGUGUACAAGGACCUGUGCAAGGAGCUAUACCUCAACAACGAGAGCGUCGGUAACCAGAACCUCGUCGAGCUGGAGCCGCUCAUCUUCAAGUACUGCCAGAAGCUGCAGUUUGGAGACAAGACCAAGGAUGUCAGCCAAGAUGCUCUGCGCAUCAUCAAGCGUAUGAACCGUGACUGGAUUGUGUCUGGUAGACACCCGGCUGGACUGUGCGGAGCUUGCAUCAUCCUCGCUGCUCGCAUGAACAACUUUCAACGCAGCGUUCGAGAAGUCGUGUAUGUCUCAAAGGUUGCCGACAUCACCAUCGCGAAGCGAGUCGAAGAGUUUCGACGGACGAAGAGUGCUGGCCUCAACGUCACCGAUUUUCGCAAUGUUGCCUUGAAGAUCAAGCACCAGCACGAUCCACCUUCCGUGUACCUCGAUGAACGCAAGGACAAGAUCAUGGCCCGGAGACGAGCCAAACGAGAGGAGCACGUUCGCAUGAGUGUCGCUCGACGAUCUGAAGGCCGCGAGUCUCAGCCUAUCGAUAUACAAGAUGGCGCGACCGAUGCCUCGUCUCGCCUAUCAUCGCUCGUCCCUGGAACACCAGCGCCCGAUGCGCCUCCUUCAGCUCAACAACAGGCUCCGGUCGCACAAAUGGUAGCACCCCAGAUGACACCGCCAGCUACACAAGAAACUCAAGCUCAAAGUACAACAGCGGAAUGGAGUCUAGGCCCGCCCAUCCCGCAGUUGACACCUCCCGCGACACAAGAAUCGAACAAGAGAAAGUCUCCCGAGCAUGACGAUACACCUAAUGACCAGAACAAGCGACAGCGCACCGGUUCAGAGCAGCAGACAGCACCGGGCUUACCACCUGGUGAAGUACAGCCGCCGUUGCGCAUCGAUGCCGAUGGCUAUGCAAUCCCUGCGUUGCCUGUCCCCGUGGACGCCCCAGCUGUCGUCGUAGUAGUAGAAGAAGAAGAGCCAGCGCCGCCGCCGAAACGUGGUCGAGGUCGGCCCAAAAAGGUUGAGCCCCCGCCAAUUGAUAUCUCUCGCGAGGAACUGGACGCCGAAGACUACCUCGAACUGCAGAUUGAGCAGGCAUUGAAGAACGGCGAGGUCCAGGAGUCCAUGAGCGAGGUCGAGAAGGUGCGAGAGGAUGAGGAAAGAGAGAAGCGGAUAGCCGAAGAAGCCGAACGAGCUCGAUUGCUGGCUGAGAAACAGCAGAAGAUUGACACCGACAAGAUCAAAGCGCGCAGAGAAGCACGCGGUCAGAAUUGGUGGGGAGAAGCUCCUGAGUGGAGUCCCGGUGAGAUCCUUACUGCGGAAGAGCUUGAGAAGGAGUUCGCAAACGACCCCGAGGUCGGCAACUGCUUGCUCGAUGCAGACGAGGUCAGAAUCAAGGAGCAAAUCUGGGUGGCGCACAACGAGGACUGGCUGCGGAAACAAGCUGAGAGAGACUUGCUUGCCAAAACCCAAAAGGCCAACGGUGGCAAUAAACCUGGCAGAAAGAGCAAGAAAGGCGACAAGAUCAAGAAGAAGCGUAGCAAGAUGGGCGACGGUUCGGUCUUGACGGAGAGCAACACACCCAUUGAGACCCCAGCCGAUGCUGCUCGAGCUAUGUUGGAGAAGCGUGCCCCACAGAAGUCUGCCCACGUCGACUUCAGCGCGCUGCAACGUAUCUAUGGUAGAGAGACGCCUUCGAGAGCCAGCAGCUCAAGCCCAGACGACAGUGGCACACCAAGCAGAGAGCAAAGCCGAAAUGGUAGCGAAUCUCCAGGGCCUUCAGAACCUGAUGAUCGUGGCGCUCCAGCUCGUCGCCGCCGCAGCAGUGCAAGUGCCCAAGCUGGUGAUCAACAAGAGCCGGCUGCAGAGAAUGAUCCGUGGGCUGUCUUUGGCGAAGAUCCGCCGAGAGAAGACGAGGAAGAAGAGGCAGCCGACUUCAACAAGGCCACCGACGAGUUUGGUGCCCUUCAAUUCGACAAUGGGAGUGACGACGGGAGUCCACAGCCUUAUGAUUAUAACGAAGAUGACUACGGCGACCAGGAGGAGGUAUAG